UGAUUUCUUCUCUGUUCGCAAGUCACACAUGACGUUCUCUUAUUGCUAUUCUUACAGUAUCCUGACCAAUCACAAUAUAUGUGGCGGUGCGCCGAGUGGUGGCGCUGCAUUUGACUUCAAUGCAAUACUGAGUACUCCGUAGCCGCCGCCCCGCCUUGAGCUCCCAAGACUCCAAGAGUGUAGCCUGCAUCACAAUAAAUUUGUCUUGUGCCCGCGCGUCAUUUUCUUUUCUCCUUGUAUCUCUCUCCUUAUUUCUUUAUUUUGUUUAAUAUCCGUGGUUGACCCUUUCCUCAUCUUGUCGAGUCUACGACUUAACACCUUCCCCCGCCCCAUAACGUCAUAUCGCUCAGCUCUUUAAGGGUCCAGGACUCCAGAAUCCAGAUCGAUCAUCAAUCCUUCAGGAUCCCUUGACAUCUCAGCAACAGGGCCAUGGCCUCAUCCAAUGAUCCCAGGCUGCUCUACAGCAUCAACAAUGUCCUCGCCUUCCACUUGCAGGACGGCGAAGAGUCCAGCCUGACUCCGUCAGGCCCUCAAACGCUCUCCCUUCUGAUGGUUCCAACCACAACGUCGCCCACUCAAAACCAGAAUUCACCUUUAGCGCCCAUUCAAGAUACUCAGCCAGAGGAUGACUUUUAUCUCCACCUUCAUCUACCUCCAGAGUUGGAUUUGGCGCUUCCUGCCACGACUCAAAUCUACCACCAGCCACCCAACAGUUACCUAAUUCCUCGCUGGGAUUUGGGACCCGAUGCGGGCGCUUUUAUUCGUAUCCAGUUCCCCAGUAUUGGAUCAGGGCCCAACAAAGUGACGCAAGAGGAUAUUGACACUUUCGAAACAAUUUUGGCGCAAUGCACGGCCUUUCUCGAACGUGCACAGGUUUCAGGGGACCAUGCUCCGUACAACCCCGCCAAUUUUGCAGCCGGCGAGGGCUAUGUAUCUUCGCCAAAUACUGCUGGACCCCAUAGCAAAGCCGACCAGCAUGGACGGAUUGUGCUUGUGGACGAAGAGAACGGCAGUGUUGUCGGGGAAAUGGAAGGAUACGAUGUCGUCGAGAACCCUGACGUGAAGCCAGGCUCAAAAAGUAAGUCUUGCACCCUUUGGUGCUCGCUGUCAAGUGCUGACCAUACAGGACCCGUCGAAAUCCAACUCCCAACAGAGGGUGAGGGUAAUCAAGUCAGCGUCAGCAAUGUAUCUGAAGAAUACCUGUCGACUGCCAGGCACCCCGCGUACAAGAGCUCGUCACUCGUUCAAUCAUCGGCUACGGCUUCUCGUUUGAUUGUAACCGGAUCUACAUAUCUUGCCAACGCGAUGACUACCGGUGCAGACGCAUUCACUAGAAAGGUCAAACCAAACCCCAAACCGGCAACUUUUUCAGACACCACACAUACCCGCAUUCGGAAGAUCGGGACGUUCUCCAGCGGAGCGGCCGACAUAUCGUCGAGGACAGUGGGUCAGGUCGGCAAGUAUGCUCAGAAUUUUGGUGCCUCCUUGGCCGGUCGCAACAAGGACGACGGAAAGGCUCGAAGCUCCGAAAAGUCAAAGGUUCCUGCGUAUGGGAAACCGGGAAUUCUCAAUAAGUCGUUGAUUGCCUUUUCAACAUUAGCGGAUGGAAUUGAACAAGGCGCCCGGAAUGUACUGACGUCUGGGUCAGCCGCCGCCUCUACAAUGAUUGGUCAUCGGUACGGGUCGGAAGCCGGGACGGUGGCUUCCAACCUGACAGGAGGCAUCAAGAAUGUGGGGUUAGUCUAUAUUGACGCCUCUGGUGUGAGUCGCAAAGCGGUCCUCAAGUCUGUCGCCAAGGGCAUGGUUGUUGGGCGCAUGAAGGACGGGAAACAAGUCGUCGUCGGUGCAGGCGAUGGUGGAGAGCUUUCUAGCCCAGGACCGAGUCGCAGUCCGGCCAGAGGCCCGUCUCCCACACCCACGCCACCACCCGCCUAUGGAGCUCCAGGCACCUUUUCACUCGGUGGGGCCAGCAUGUCAGGAGCGAAGCGUUAGAUGCGCAUGCGUGAAUUACAAUUUGUCGACUUGUUCGCUUUUCACUUCUUCCUACGUUCACGGGUUCAUGUUGAUGAUGUGACUGUCACGAUUUAUGGCAUGCUUAAUGAGCUUUUUUGUAUCCUUUUCUGUCUAAUAUGGCACAUUGAGAUCUAUGGAGGGCUCUGAGCGGAUAAGACUUGGGGCCUUGAUGAUUAGAUAGCGGUACAGUGGGCAACGCGCCGGUUUAUAUAGUUGAAAAUAGCUCCACACAAUAGAUCAUCUAUCAAGAGAUCAUUCGAGAAGUAAGGCACUUGCUAAUAUUUCUUGUAUAUAGAGCAA